UGCGAGGGCAAGUGGGGAGGGGGACUCAGCUCAGGACAGGGAGGCCCUGCUCGCAGGUCCCGGGGUCCCGGUGGCAGCCGGAGCGCUUGGUCCGCAGGCGGCGGGCGGGUGGUCCCCCCUCCGCCCCCACCCUGCGCGUGCGCGCCCCGGCCCCUCCCUCCCUGCCACCCCCCUCGGCUCCCGCGCGGCGGCGGCGGUUCCUCUCCCCCUCCCCCCAGCCCUGGCUCCGGGGGACCCCGCGAUGCCGGUCCGCACCGAGUGUCCCCCGCCGGCCGGUGCCUCGGCCGCCUCCGCGGCCUCGCUCAUCCCGCCGCCGCCCAUCAACACCCAGCAGCCCGGCGUGGCCACCAGCCUGCUCUACAGCGGCUCCAAGUUCCGCGGCCACCAGAAGAGCAAGGGGAACUCGUACGACGUAGAGGUGGUGCUGCAGCAUGUGGACACGGGGAACUCUUACCUUUGUGGGUACCUGAAGAUUAAAGGCCUUACUGAGGAGUAUCCAACUCUCACGACCUUCUUCGAAGGAGAAAUAAUCAGCAAAAAACACCCUUUCUUAACGCGGAAGUGGGACGCAGACGAAGACGUUGAUCGGAAACACUGGGGCAAGUUUCUGGCUUUUUAUCAGUAUGCAAAAUCAUUUAAUUCAGAUGACUUUGAUUACGAAGAGCUGAAGAAUGGAGAUUAUGUCUUCAUGAGGUGGAAGGAACAGUUCCUGGUCCCAGACCACACGAUCAAAGACAUCAGCGGUGCUUCCUUUGCUGGGUUCUAUUACAUCUGCUUCCAGAAGUCAGCAGCCUCCAUAGAAGGCUACUAUUACCAUAGGAGUUCAGAAUGGUAUCAGUCACUCAAUCUAACUCACGUUCCCGAACACAGCGCACCCAUCUACGAGUUCCGGUGACAGCGGUUCAGAGCAGGAACCAAAUAAAACUGAACUUGGCAAAAAAAGAACUCUGCCAAGAAAAUCGUGUACCUGCCAGAACCAGGAGAACGUGUGUUCCUGUUUCUUCACGAGCAGACUCGCAUCAGAAAGCAUGAAUGUUAACCCACAGAAUCCAAGGAGCAUGGCCAACCAACGGCAGGUGGAGGGAGUGUUCUCUGUGCUUCCUCCCUCUCUGUGGCAGUUUGGUCUUAAUCUGUUGUAAGCUACCUUAAAUGCACUUUUCCUUCCUGCACAGCUAACUUCUGUAUCACUGAAAGGCCCAUUCCUUCCUCCGUCCCCACCUCCAGCCGAGCAGAAGGUCAGCCCCCCAGUCACCCUCAGCCUUGGUGCUCAGUGGUCUCGGCCCAGGCCCCAGCCCUGCGCCCCCCACCCCCAGUUGCUCAGUCCGGUAGCUCAAGAGAAGGCAGAGCCCCAGCACACGUGUGCCGCCCCCUCCCCCCCCCCCCCCCCCCCCCCCCAGAGCUCUGCGCAGGGAAUCGGUGACCAGCAGCACCCGCCAGUGAAACGUGAGGCAGAGGCCGAUUGCUUAACGGGGUCCGCUGGCACUGCCCAGCCCUGCAGCGGUCACGCUAAGCUAGUCAGUGGCUGCCAGGUUCUCUGGGCCUGCCAUCGGGGAUCACUAAAUUUCAGGCUUCCAGAUCCCUGGCAGGAACGGAUUCCAGUCCUGCUCACUCAGCACGUUUGCUCCAAACUUUUGAACUUGAGGGCAAUACUAAACUUAAAAAAAAAAGAAAAAAGAAAAAAAAAAAGAGUUUUUUUAUUACAAAAUUAUUUUUAUGGUCCCUUUAACAAGGACCCUAUGGCAAAUGCACAAUUAUUCAGAAUUACAUUUUUAUCGUUUUCACAUUGAAAACAGCAAAUGUUGACUUAGUAAUUUUUAUACCUAUAUCUAUAUGUAAAUGUAUAUUUAAUCAACCAGCAGUUUAAAACUAGUCAUCCUGGUACAAAAGUUUUGCAGCAUUGCAUAAAUUCUAGUGCUAAACUUGAGAGCUGUUUUUUGGGGCCAGUUUAGCAUUUGUACCUCCUCCUUUUGCUACUCAGAACAGCAGUGCUUCGUGGCGACCUUUUCGGUCAAGCAGAAGGGGCCGUCAUUCUCCUAAAACAGCAACUCUAAAAUGUUGGGGUGGGGGAGGGGCGGGAACACGAACACGCUCGAAGAACUCAAGGCUCACGUGCCAAAGUGUGUGUGGGGGUGUGGGGUUGGGGUGGGGUGUGGUUUGGGGUGGGUGGGGGGGGGGGAGUUGUUUUUUUGUUUUUUGUUGUUGUUUUUUAAUGUUUAAAAAGCUUAAUAGGUUGGCAUCAGUGGUAGACCGCAGAGACAGGCCGGGCUUUGGGGGGCAUCGCGUUUGCUGGCGGUUUACAAGACUCACUCAGAACACAAGACAGAAAGCUACAGCCCACGGGAGCACAACCAGCUGCAAGCUGCAGGUCCACGGGCGGUGUAAGGACACACAAGGCCCUUCGGUCUAGAUGAGCGGUGUCGGGAAACGCUUUAUUCUUAACAAGUGACUUUCCUUUUGACGACACACGUACUGUAUGUCACUGAGACUGAAUGUCGGGGAAACCUUAGAGGAGAAGUACUUGGGAUUCUAGUCAGUGGGCAUCGGGACACCUAGGAUGCGUAGUCCUAAGGCUUUGUACGGAGGUGAGACCAACCCAUCUGGUGAGGCCAGGGUUUUGGAGCCCCAAAACGUUGCCCCGGCGACUGCAGCGGAAACAUGAUUCACGUCCGUUCCCAGAGAUGAGUCAAAUGUUUUCUCGAUUCUGAAACUCCAGAAGGCAUCAGGACGGCUGGCUCUGGUCACAUCAGGUGAUGGCAGAGUACCGAGGAGACCGCACUCGCGUGGCCUCAGUUUAGCUGGCAGGCGUCGCUUGACAGUAAAAGGAGACUGUGGGGCCGUGCUGGCUUUCCCUGGCCACACGGGCCAGCCAUGUCACCCCAGAUCCCCUCUCACGGCAGGCUCCUAAAUCUUGCCUGAGUUUUGCAAGCUCCUUGAAGGAUCUAGGCCCCGCUCAGAACCCAACGAGGGGUGAGCUCAUCGGGGCCCUGUAUGUGUGGCUCAGAGGUCAGCCGGGCAGUCAGCGGGCAGGGAAGGCCAUUUGGAAACGCCGCUAUUGUUCAGCUAGCCAAACGGGCCAGGUCCUGUUGGAGGAUCUCUUCCUCCCUCCCUCUCUUAGCUAGGUAAUGAAGUUGUACUGGGGAAAAUCAAGUGAUACCUUUGCUAGAUCUUUCGGGCACACCCGAGAUGAAGGUUUGCUUGCGUAAAAAUCUGCCCAGUGAGGACAGGGAAGGGAUUGCCUGCCCACCUCCUCUUGGUAAUUCCCAAAGAAUCCACGUCAACUCCUUCUCUUUCUCUCAGUUCCCCAAGGAAUGUUGGGGAUCACCCCCCUCUGUGGUUAUUCUUUCCUGAACCUCCUCCGUGGUUUACGUGCCUCUGGUACUCUGUGCAAUAGUUUUGGCUGACGCUUGUGUUCAUCAUCAAGAAAUCAGUGCAGGAUGCAGAUUUUCUACCGUCUUCCUCCACCCCAAACAAACCUGCCAUGAGGUAGGAUCCUAGGGAUUUGGCUGUUCUUUCCACUGCUCAGAAAGCUUCCAUUCUGUACCCCCAGCCUCGUCUCUCCUCUGUGCUGGAAUUAUCCCUCCCCACCCACCCAUCCUCUCAAACUUUACAGCAUUUCAGCUGCAGCCCCAAAGUAACUAAGCAAUCCUUCACAUGAAGUAGAAAGUCCCAUCUGUGUGCUGGUUCUGUUGAUAACGUGGAAAUCACAAACUCCAGGGGAGCAAAGGGGCUUUUCAACGUCUUUUGCUUUCAGAAACAGGGAAUUUAUAUUCUAAGGCCUUGAAUUGAUUUUUUUUUUCCUCAUAAAAUAGUCUGAUAAGCUAAUUUUUAAAAAGAAAUGCCAUUAAGUAUGUUGCAUUGUGGUUUAAAAUUACUAACAAGUUCUGGGAAAGAAAAAUCUUUGAUUUUGAAUCUUACAUGUUUUUAAAAAUUAGAUUUGAAUGGGCACAAAGUAUGAGUAUUUUGUUUCUUUAGGGAGGACAUGUGGAAAGGGUUUGAGGGUCUGGGAUGGGAGAAGUAUUUUGCAGAGCUAUCAAUGUCCAAAUAAUUUUUAAAAAAUAAUAAAGGUAUUUAAGCAGUGA